CCAAUAACUGCUGUGCACAUCUCAGCUGGCAGACAUUUAAAAGGGAGACAGUCCGGCGCUGUAGCAAUUUGUAUUAAACCCCCUGGCCCCUGUCUAUGGAGCGCUUAGUCUCCCACCCAUCCACAGUCCCACCAGUGCACAGUCGACACCAGUAGGUACCUAUCAUCUCGAAAGGUGCCGCAGUGAAGCUCGAGGACCAGAUCAUCGCACUUGUAGCAGCAGUGUUGCAUAGCAGGAUGGCCAACUCCACGCAUAUCUUCUACAGUAUGGUUUUCAUCAUUGGGCUGCUCUCCUCUCCGGUGGAUUCAAAAAGAAACAGAGGUUCACAAGGCGCCAUUCCUCAUCCUGACAAAAGCAACCCAAACGAAUCGGAGCAGCAACCGCAGACUCCGCAGGCGGGCUCGGGCUCUCGCCAGAGGCCGGGCUCAUCCUCACCCGCCGACGAAGUGCUGGAGUCCAGCCAGGAAGCUCUACAUGUGACGGAGCGCCAGUAUUUGAAACGGGACUGGUGCAAAACACAACCUCUCAAACAGACCAUCCACGAGGAGGGCUGCGUCAGCCGCACCAUCAUCAACCGCUUCUGUUACGGACAGUGCAACUCCUUCUACAUCCCCAGGCACAUCCGGAGGGAGGAGGGCGCCUUCCAGUCCUGUUCGUUUUGUAAACCGAAGCGUUUUACCACCAUGACUUUCACAUUGAACUGUCCGGACCAGCAGCCGCCCACCAAGAAGAAGCGCAUCCAGCGCGUCAAACAGUGUCGCUGCAUAUCCAUAGACCUGGACUAAAACACAGCGAUUAUGUGUGUGUGUUUCAUGUCUUCUUCUUCUUCUUCUUCUUCUUAGUGGACUUGAUAGCUGUCUCACAGCCAAGAAAUUGUGCUCGUCUCCAUCUGGAGAUAAGCACCGCACACGCUGAUACUUACGUCUCUCCUGUACAGCACGUGAGCCAAUAUGGACAUGCAACUUAAAACAAAAUAAUAAAAAAAAAACGUCAAAAGCAACUUGUUACACAUCACCAGACUAAAAAAAAGAUCACUGCACGGAAACUCUUACUUGGAAUGGGCAUGCUUUACGCACGGCUUCCUCGCCCCCACAGGACUGCAGAACACCGGUUUUAUUUAACUGCUCCAAAACAGUCCUUGUGACUGUUAAACGUCUCCGUCCAUCCUGCAUUUUACGCAUAUAUGUUUGCUAAACUGGAUGUUUCCACUGUGUGGAAUUUGAUAGGCGAACGACUUUAUUUGUAAAAGGAGAAAAAUGAUUUUAUUUCGAUAUUUCAAGAAUCGUUCAAGGUUAACCUAAUUGAUUUCUGUGAAUUUCGAAGUCCAUUAGUGAAGUUUUCUUUCUAUUUUAUUUUUUAUUUUUUUUGAAGUUGUGAGCUUAGUCAAAUAUAGAAACUAUGGCUUCUGAAGUUAGUUUAAAUGGAAGUGUACAGUGGUGGCUUAUACAUUACCGAGGUGAAAUAGUUGUAAAAUGUUAAGCCAUUUUUGAUGUAACCCAUUUGUUUAUUCAUUUGAUUAAAUUAUCCACGAAAACUAAAUAAAUGGAUGCUGGAA